GUUCCGGCGUCUUUCAAAUACUAAUUGGGACAGGCGGGUCUACCAGCACUCUGCUUAAUGUAGACUGUAUCACUUGCUAUAUCUAUGCUCCCACUCCAUAUGCCCUCAGACUUGCGUCGCACACCGCACUCAGACACCGUCGAGCUGGACUCGCCAGCGCUGAGCCAAAGACCGCAAUAUGGAGGUGGCAUAACAAAGCUUACCGUAGACAUACCCCCUUCAUACAAGCCUACCACCGAAUCUCGUCACCCGCCGCUAUGGAGAACGCCCGAGUUUCUUGUGUACGGCGUAGCAUUUGUCGUGGUUGUACCCAUCAUGUUCUGGAUACCCAUGCGUUUAAGCUCCAAUUCUCAUCCUAACUAUCCUUUAUACAAGCGUAAACUGUCUCCUGGUUGGCUAUUCGGCAGACAAGUAGAUAACAGUGAUCACCAGUAUCGGUCAUUUCGAGACAACGUACCUCUCUUGGCUAUACUGGUUGCUAUCUUCCUGGUAUUGAAGACAGCCUAUGUUCGCGUUGCUGCAUCCAGGUUCUCCGUCCGACAGGACACCAAACUUUACCUGGUCCCUUUUCUGUUAAUCUUCUCCAGCCUUAUGCUUCUGGGUCUGCAUGGUUCAAGCGCCUUAAAAGUUCUUGUCAUACUCUCCGUCAACUAUGCUAUUGCGAAGUAUACCGGAUUAUCUAAGCUGGGGCCCAUCCUCACAUGGCUGUUCAACACCGGUGUCCUUUUUGCAGCCGAUAAGUAUGCUGGCUUUCCCUAUGCACGAAUUCAUCCAUCCUUGCAGCCCCUGGAUAGUCUCGAAGGUCUCUAUAGAUGGCAUGUCGGCUUCAACAUCACGAUGCUUCGACUCAUUUCGUUCAAUAUGGACUACUACUGGGCGUGUAAUCGCAUAGGGCUUGCGGAUACUGGUCGAUCACUUGAAUACAAAGAACGCACUACUACAUACCAUCCUCUUGAAAUGUACAGCUUCUGGAAUUACCUGGCCUACGCGCUCUAUUCUCCUCUGUACAUCGCCGGACCUAUCAUGACAUUCAACGAUUUCCUUUGGCAGCUCCGAAGACCAACUUCUAUUCCUUUACGUUCGACUAUGGGCUAUCUCGUUCGAUUUCUUGUCUGUAUACUUACGAUGGAAUUCGUCUUGCACUUCAUGUACGUCGUGGCGAUUAAAGACACCAAGGCAUGGCACGGCUACUCGGCUGCGGAGUUGAGCAUGAUCGGAUUCUGGAAUCUCAUCGUCGUAUGGCUCAAGCUCCUUAUCCCGUGGCGUUUCUUCCGGCUUUGGGCAUUGUUGGAUGGCGUGGACCCUCCGGAAAAUAUGGUCCGCUGCAUGGCGAAUAACUACUCAGCACAGGGAUUUUGGAGAUCAUGGCAUAGAAGUUACAAUCUCUGGAUCGUUCGAUAUAUUUACAUCCCGCUCGGAGGAACUAAAAACGUUGUGUUCACAACCGUUCUGGUCUUCACCUUUGUAGCUCUAUGGCAUGACCUAUCGUUCCGUCUCCUGGCUUGGGGCUGGCUUGUCAGUCUCUUCAUCUUGCCUGAACUGAUUGCUCAGUACCUACUUCCUCCCUCAAGAUUUGGCAAUCAAUGGUGGUAUAGACAUGCUUGCGCUAUCGGGGCGGUGUUCAACAUCCUGAUGAUGAUGACUGCUAACCUGGUCGGGUUUGUGAUUGGAACGGAGGGCAUUUCCUACUUGCUCAACGAACUGUUUUCUACUUGGGAAGGAAUUCGGUUCCUUAUCGGAAGCUGUGUGUGUAUAUUUGUCGCAAGUCAGGUUAUGUUCGAAUACAGGGAAGAGGAGCGGAGAAGGGGGAUAGUCAGGAGGUUCUAAGCGCGGCUGGGACUGUUUGGACUUUUCUAUACUGUAUAUACCCUGCAUAGUUGACGUAGAUACUUAUUUUUGCACUGGAACUUCCAAUCUCUUCUGCCACGCCACGAGAACAAUACGACGCGUGAGACACGUGAUAUGCAA